AUGCAGUUCAAUACCUUCACCCUAUUUGCUCUUUUGAGCGGUCUCAGCCUCGUUCUCGCCGCCCCCGAGGUGGUCAAAUUGGCUAAUCUUGAGGCCCGCUCUGGUAAUGAGUUCCACGGUCCCACCAACUCACCCUCUAGCGACCGCCGAGCGAUCCCUGUCGACGAGGAGUAA